AUGCCUGCGCCGGCAGGCGGCGACGCAGGCGGCGGCGCAGGCGGCGGCGCAGGCCCCAGCGCGCCCGCUGACAGCCUUGCCGGCCCCGCCUCGGCUGCAGCCGUGGCAGCAGGCGCGUCUCCCAAGCGGCGCAGCCGUAAGCGUGGUGCGGAUGCCGCCAGCGGCAGCGGAGCAGGAGAAGGCGGGCAGGCCCAGGGCAAGCGGCAGCAGCAGCAGAAGCGGGUGGACCGGCACGGCGCGGUGGUGAACUAUCGCCCCAAGCCGUCGCAGGAUGUGCAGCAGCGCAUCCAGCGCGCCCUGCCCGGCGCCGGCGGCCACCGCCUGUUCCUCAUCGACCGCGCCGUGGUGCGCCCGCCGGGGGCCGAGGGCGGCGGCGAGGAGAGCUUUGCGGUGCUGGGCGCCACGGGCAACGUGUACAAUGUGACCAUCGGCCGCUUCCCGCACUGCACCUGCCCCGACCAUGCCAGGGGCCACCACUGCAAGCACAUCCUGUUUGUGCACCUGCGCGUGCUGGGCCUGCUGCGGGACGAGCCUCUGGUGUGGCAGCGAGCCCUGCUGGCGCAUGAGGCCGACGAGGUGCUGGCGGGCAACCGGAGCGUGGCGCGCGCCGUGGGCGGCGGCCAGGUGCUUGCCUCCAGCGUGGUGCUAGAGCAGUACCGACGGCUCAGUGGCGCAAGCGCUGGCGAUGCAGCGGGCGGCCCGGCGGGGCCUCUGCAGCGCGAGGUGGAGGGCGACUGCCCCAUCUGCUUUGAGGCGCUGGCAGCCCCGGGCGAGGCCGUGUCCUUCUGCUGCGCCUGCGGCAACAACGUGCACCGCGCCUGCAUGACGCACUGGGCGGCCAGCAAGCGCGGCAGGGCCGAGCCCGUCACCUGCCCGCUGUGCCGCGCCGACUGGCAGGACGGCUGCGCUCCGCCGCCGCUCGGCGCCCCCACCAGCGCCGGCCAGUACGCUAAUCUGGCAGCCUAUUCGGCCGCCCACCGCGGCGCCGACACCAGCCUGGAAUCGCUGUACGGCGACAGCGCGGUCUGCUCCAACAUCGUCUCGACCUCGGGGCAGGCGCUGUGUGCGUGCGUGGUGCGUGGCCCACAAGCAGUCCUGGACGAGCCCAGCCCUCUUCUGCGCACAGGCGGGCAGUUGAUCAUGGUUGAGGUGCAGGUGUACUGCGGGUACGGCACAAGCCGCAAGGCGGGCACCUUCACCCUCUCCACCCGCUUGAUCUCCUGCAAUUGCCCAGAGUGCAAUGGCAAGGCCAUGACGAUGGCGCAGUUCGAGCGGCAUGGCGGCCGUGGCAAAAAUCGGAACGCAAAGCUGAGCAUCCGCACCGUCAACCCGGAUGCGCCGCUGUGCAAGUGGUUGGACAGCAACCAGGCAAACGGGCAGCAGGAGGAGCAGGAGCAGCCACACGGGGCUGCCCCUCCUGCCCCCGCCGUCCCUCCUGCGGCUGCCGCACCCGCCCCUGCUGCCACCGAGGCAGAAGCUGCCGCCCCUGCGCCUGCCGCCGCCGCCUCCACGCCCAGCCAGACGGACACAAGACCGAGCGGCGCGCCGCUGGUGGGCAAGCAGGCGGCAGGUCAGCCCAGCCGCCUGCGUGCGCUGGCCAAGCUUGUGCUGCGGCGCAUGGAGCCGGACGAGCGGCAGGCGCCGCCUGGGCGCAGCAGCCUGCCUGCCACCCAAGACCGUGCCGCCAGCCUGCCUGCCACCGACACGGCUGGGAGGAGCGGCAGCGCGCGCUUGGCGCCCUCUGGUGUGGAGGCGGUGGGGGCGCCCGCAAUAGACUUUGGCAGCAGCAGCAGCGAGGAGGAGGAGGCGGAGGAGGGGCAGGGUGCAGGUCGCCCCGCUGGCGCACGGAAGCAGUCCACCAGCAUGCCGCCUGCCCGCACUGCUGCCACCCCACCGGGCGCCAAUCGCCUUCAAAGCAGCAGCAGCAGCGAAAGCAGCAGCAGCAGCAGCAGCAGCAGCAGCGAGGAGGAGGAGGAGGGGCGCGGGCUGCCCAGGGAGCACCCCACCCGCGUGCAGCCUGCCCGCGCUGCGGCCCCACCGCCGGGCUUUGUGCACAACGUGGUGGUGCACCCCGCCGCGCCCGGCGACAAGGAGCCGACCGCGGCGGCGGCGGCGGUCAAGCGGAUGCCGUGCCGAGGCGCCGGCAGCGUCAAGAGGGCAGCGCUGGCCCGGCAGGCUGCGCAGGCCGCCAGGCGGGUGCGGCUGGAGGACGAGAAGGAGGAGGGGCGGGAGCAGGCGGUGGAGCAGCGGCAGCAGCAGCAGCAGCAGCAGCGGCGGCAGCAGCAGCAGCAGCAGCAGCAGCGGCAGCAGCAGCAGCGGCAGCAGCAGCAGCAGCAGCAGCAGAAGGAUGAGGAGGAGGAAACCGAGGUGCAGCAGCAGCAGCAGCGGCAGGUGGAGGAGGAGACAGAGGCGCAGCAGCAGCCGCAGGAUGAGGAGGGGGAUUCGGAGCUGCCGCAAACUCAGCAGCUGGCGGUGGCCGGCUCCCAGCCCAGCCCCGGCCCCGCCCUUGGGGGUGCCCACCUGGUGAGCCACCACCCAUGCGGCGCCCGGUGCCGGCCGGCGGGCGGCCGCGGGGUGCGGCGCGGCGCCGACCUGUGCCUGUGGUGGUCCGACCCGGGCGUGGAAGGGCCGGAGGUGGCGGACAACCUGCAAGUGAGCGCCGAGGUGUCGAGGCCGGAGCUGGUGGAGUGGGACAUCGGCGCCGCGAGCGAGGCUGGGCUGCCUGUGCAGGUGCAGCUGUGGCUCCAGCCCUCUGGGCCCUCCCCCAUGACGGCACAGCUGGUCAUCGACUACGUGGACCUGCUGUGA